AUGAGCUGUUGUAGUGGAUUCUUCUGUCCCAUGGAAUGCAUCAAGAGAAGUCUUUUCCUGGUUUUCACCAUCUCUUUUACAAUAUAUUUGAUUUCCUAUUUUUAUACUUCUCCUCACCUUGCUGCUCGACCUAAAAGUAAUGAUCUUCACAUGGAAAGUGAAAAGAGUUUAUUUAGAAAAUUAUCUAUAAAUUUCAAACAAAUCUUAGGGAAACAAAAUGGAGAACUACCACCUGAAAAUGAGAAAUCUGGGAAUAAAGCCACGCCCACUCCAACACAGCUAUUUGCAUUCAUUACUAACAAAGAAGAGAAGUGUAAAGAUAGAACACCUUUCUUGGUAUUGCUGAUAUCAACAACAGCAGCCGAGCUGCAGCACAGAAAAGCCAUCCGGGAGAGCUGGGCGAGCGAAGCCGCGGUUCCUAGCGCGGACAUUGUUCGGCUGUUCAUGCUGGGCAUUGACCCCAGGGGUGACAAAGGGGACGUUCUGCUGAGAGAAAGUGAGCAGUAUCAUGACAUCAUCCAGCAGGACUUCCUGGACACUUACAACAACUUAACUCUUAAAACUCUGAUGGGCAUGAGCGGGGUGGCCACCUACUGCAGUGGCGCGAGGUUUGCUAUGAAGACAGACAGUGAUGUUUUUGUCAACAUGAUGCACUUGAUUGAAAAGCUCCUCAGGCCUCUCCCACCUCCCACACAGAAUUAUUUCACAGGCCAUUUAAUGACAGGGCACAGGCCUAUUCGGAAUAAAGCCAGUAAAUGGUACAUAUCAGAAGAAGAAUUCCCAGAAAACAAAUACCACCCUUUCUGUUCAGGAACUGGCUACGUGUUUUCUGGAGACCUGGCUGCAAAAAUUGUAGAUGCUUCUUUAAUGAUUAAAUUUAUACAUUUGGAAGAUGUUUACGUAGGGUUUUGUCUUAAUGCAAAGGGAGUAGAAAUAGCACCAUCUCCUAAAUCGCUGUUUAACAUACACAAGGUUCCAUUUUCUCCUUGUGCGUACAAUGAGUUAAUUACAUCUCAUCACAUUGAGCCACAUGAGCACAUACUCUAUUGGGAAACACUGCAAGAGAAGAAACACACAUGUCAGGAAAGAAAGGUCCAUCCUGGAGCAUCCUAGGAACUUGCUUUGACAAUGGGCAAAGCAGCAGAUGUUUUCUUAGUAGCAACAGAACACCUGUGUAAUGAUAACUUUCAAGGUCCACGGACAUCCUGAAUCAGGUGCCUAGGUUUUGUAUUAGGUUGAAUUCAAAGGAUUUUUCCUCCAUAAAGAAGCCUUUCUCUGUUGAGUGAAUUCUGAUUUACCUUAUUUAGUUCUGGAUGAAGCAUCAAUUAAUUUUUAAAGCCAGCAAGAGACCAUAUCAACCCUACUGAAGAAAAGGCAAAGACAAUGCAAUAAAACUUGUUCUUUCAUUAAAAAUGAAUAAGUUAAUGUGUUAAUUUCAUACUGCUCGAUGUAAUUUGCCUAUGUACCAUUAAAUGUACUCAUGUGGCAUUCCAGUGUGACCGAAGAAGGAAGCAUACAAGAUAUCCUGUGCUGGGGAAUUAGUGCCAGAAAUGUGGGCAGAAAUUGCGUCUUCAGAAAAUCUAACAUUAGCAUUUCCCAGAUCUCAGUGCCCAGAGUGGCUACUACUCUCUGUGGUUAUAUAUACAUAGAAAACCUCACACACAAGAUACCACUUAUUUGUUAUCAUGGAGAUGUAAUAAAAAGAGGAAAAUUAAAUGCAGAUAGACUGACCUGUUAGUGAUAUAUUAAACUGCAUUUUAGGGCAUUCGGCUGUGUACAAAAUAUCAUCAUAGUUAAGUAAAAAAUAAGAUGGUGCUUACUAACCUCAGAAGAUAAAAGUUUCAGUCAAAAUCCCUAUCAGACGCACAUGGAAAUCAGAAUGUCAAUCACAUUAAUACCAAACACUUCAGCUGGAAGUGAAAAGUGAGUAUACAUUAUAUGCAUCCCCAAUGACAUUUUGUAAAUGUACAUGAUGGUGUUUCAUGAAGAAGCCCCUGAAUCCUGCAGUGCAAUCUUUGUGUGCUCUGUGCAGCUCCAUUCCACUGACAGUGGGAACCUGUGGUGCAGCCACUGAACACAAUGCAUUUCUCCCUUACAGGAAUUUGGUCUUAGACCUUUUUAUUAAGGAAUAUUAUUGCUCAGCUAAUACCUGCACAGGACAAUUUUUCUAUCUCAAAUGGGCACCUAUUCAUCUGGACUUCAAAGACCUUUUUGCAUUUACCUCGGGAAAGAUACAGCUAGCAAGGACAACAUUCCCUCAGGGCUUUCCUAGCCCUGAGGUCUCUCCAUAAUUUCUAAAAUGUUAAAAGUUUUACAGGAAGUUGUGUUAA